CAGCACUUUUAUCAGAAUUAGAAUCACCAAGAGUUUGUGACAUUAGAUUAUUUGUGUUUGAUAAUGCAAACUUAAAUGAACAAAUAACCAGGACUUUAAAUGAAAUAAAUAGCGAAUCUAGAUAA